GGGGUCUGCUGAGUGUUGGUUAUGUCUCUCUCCACAGUGUGCAGUUAGCUCUGAGCCAAACCCAGUCACCCAGCUCUCUGGGUUCUCUCCUCUAAGCCAGCUGGUCUGGCUUUAUACCUUCUUUUACACCUUUGUUGUAUUGAAUUCCUUCUUUUCCGAGAUAAAGGAUAGAGUGGUCUGGCCCUCAGCUGGAGCUGUAGGGAACCUUUCUGUGGAAGAUAAUACGAACAACACUGGUGCUCUAUAAACCUAUGGAUCAGGUGCCCUUAGGAUUAGAGACCGCCUUGAUGAAAUGCUCAGACACAGAUUCACAAAGUUACAGAAAGACUGAAGGAGACUGCGACCAAGAGAAAGAUUGAGAUAAAAGUAGAAGGAGAGACAGAAGCAUUGACUGCAAUGCGUGCAGAAGGACUGAAGCUUUGACAGAACAGAGGGACAUGUGCAAGUGAUUUACUGGAGCGAAUGCCAGAAGAAUUGAAAGAAGAAUAGACAGUGUGAGGAUUUGGAAAACCACAGAAGAAGAACAAGACUUUUUGGAGUUGGACAGAAAGAAGUGAAGGAGCGAAGAUGGGGAGAAAAAAGAUCCAGAUUGCCAGGAUUAUGGAUGAACGCAACAGACAGGUGACAUUCACCAAGCGUAAGUUUGGCCUGAUGAAGAAGGCUUAUGAGCUGAGUGUUCUGUGUGACUGUGAGAUCGCCCUCAUCAUCUUCAACAGCACCAACAAGCUGUUCCAGUACGCCAGCACUGACAUGGACAAGGUCCUGCUCAAAUACACUGAGUACAACGAACCCCACGAGAGCCGGACCAACUCUGACAUCGUGGAGACUCUGCGUAAGAAGGGUUUAAAUGGUUGUGACAGUCCUGACAUCGAGGCGGACGACUCUGCUGGUCAGAGCCCAGAGUCAGAGGACAAAUAUCGCAAGAUCAAUGAAGACAUUGACCUGAUGAUCAGUAGACAGAGGCUCUGUGCUCUCCCCUCCUCAAACUAUGACAUGGUUGGCUCCAUCCAGGGCCAAAACAACAGUGGACUACUCUACUCUCACCCUGGGGUGGGGGGAUCCUUGGGCAACCACAAUCUGUUGCCCCUUUCACACACACAUGCUGGCCUGCAGAGGAACAGCAUGUCACCCGGACCCCAACACACACACCGACCCCCCAGCACUGGAAACACAGGAGGAAUGUUGGGAAACGAGUUGUCGAACACUGUCUCUAACACUGGUAACAGUAGCUAUGGCAACCACCGUAACUCCCCGGGGCUGCUGUCUCCAGGAGGCGUGGCUAAAUGCAUGCAAGUGAAAACUCCACCCCUGAUGAACUCCAUGACUGGUAACCGCAAGCCAGACCUUCGUACACUACUGCCCCCUGGCAACAAGAACAACAUGCCCUCCAUUAACCAGCGAAUAAACCACUCCCAGUCUGCCCAAUCUUUGGCGACGCCUGUGGUCUCCAUAGCAACACCUACUCUGCCCGGUCAGGGAAUGGGUGGAUAUCCAUCUACUCUCUCCACCUCUUAUGGCACAGAGUACUCAUUGGGGGACCUGAGCUCUUUGUCAGGUUUUGGAAAUGGAUCAGGAUCACUGCACCUGGGAUCAGUAACAGGCUGGCAGCAACAGCAACUACAAAAUAUACAGCACUCUGCAUUAGGACACAUGGGAAACCUGUGCCAGAACUCCAACCUGAACCUCCAGAAUGUCCAUCAGAAUCUUCACAUCAAGUCAGAGCCUGCUUCCCCGCCCAGAGACCGAGGCGUCGGUUUAAUUAGCGGAGGGAUGGGGGGCGUGUCCCAGGGCUACGCAAUCAAUCAGGGCCCAGCAGAGGCAGGGCGGUCUCCUGGCAACAGCCUAUCCAGCUGUGGGAGCUCGUACGAUGGCAGUGACCGCGAGGAUCACCGUGGAAAUGACAACUUCCUGCUACGCCCGAUGUCCAGUCAGGAGGAGCGGCACAGCCCGUCAAUGAAACGCAUGCGCCUAUCAGAAGGCUGGGCUACAUGAUAAGGCCCGGCCCUGAUUCGCGGAGGGGAGGUCUUUGUCUGGAGUAACCUUUAGUGUUGUUAUUAAUUAUGGUUAAUAUUAAUGGUGUCCAAAAAUGCAUCCUAUUCUCCACAUUGUGCUCAUUCCAAAAUGAGUGCACUUUAUAGGGAAUAGGGUAGUAUUUUAGAUACAGCCCUAUAUUCUUCUUCAGAGUGAGAGUGUUACACUAUAACAGGAAUAUAACAGUGACAGCCCACCUAGUGCUCCACCUUUGGCCACUACAUGGGGGAAAGCUUGUGGUUUGAGAGAACCAGUGAUAUACUAUAUGCAGGGGUUAGGGUGAAUAUGGUGUUUGGGAAGGCGGGAGGGAGGUCCAUUGCUUGUGUUGUGUGUUUGUGUGAGGGAGGGAUCAUUAAAUGAAUAUGUACACUAUGUAAACUAACUAACAUAAGGUGAAAAAGUCUGGUACUCUGUAUGGCUAAGAUACUGGGGAGUUAAUUCAUACUCUAGGAGACAAAAAGGACAGGCACUGUGAGUGGACACGUGUGUGUGCGUGUGUGUGUGUGUGUGUGUGUGUGUGUGUGUGUGUGUGCGUGUGCGUGUGCGUACGUGUGUGCGUGCGUGUGCACCAUGUGUCACCUGCAGUAGGCCAUGAUGUCCCAGUCUGCAGCUGGCUGACUAGCAGACAGUGAGAGGAUUCACUACAACCCAUUCAUGUUGCCGGUUCAACUUAUUUAUGUGUAUAUAUAUAUAUAAAGAACAAAGGAGGAUUGGCAGAAGAAUAGAGAAGAAGAAAGAAACUGAGAUAGAGAGGCACAAAUGAAUAAAGAGAGGGAUGAGAGGAAGGAGAAAGGGAUAAACAGAGAGGGAGGGAAGACUUGAAGAGACCCAGGAAGGAACCGAGUGAUAGAGAUAGGAAGAGAGUGAUGGAGGAAAGAGAAUGACAGAGGAAAGAGAAUGAUAGAAAAAGAGAGGAAUGGGAUGGGGGGUGUUUAGAAAAGAGGGAGAAAGCCAUUAUGCAACAGGUUGCACAGAGCUGGAAUUAUAGAAAAAGAAUGAGAAGUAAUUUAAACCAUUAUUUAAAUUUAACAGCAGGAGCCCUGGACAACUAUAAUGUCUCACUUCAGGUGAAAAGGCCUAUGAAUCAUAAUUCAAUUCAUCUAGAUAAGAGGUAUAUGCUAACAAAUUACAAUCUGGGUUGUAUACACUACAGUGUUGCUCGCAAUCAGAUGUACAAUACAGUUUGCUAUAUAAAAUCAAUGCAAAGCACUGUAUAGCUUUGUUCAGUAGAUUGAGCCAGUGUGUGUGGUGGUGUGGGUGUGUGAUAGCCUUGCCUGUUUCAGCAGCCAGAGAGGUGAGGGGGGUGGGGAGUGGGGGUGUAUGUUUAGACAGAACUCUUAAAGCCAUAUUAUAAGAUGGGAAGUUGAUGCUUUGCUGCACAAAUCAGUGGUCUCUCUGUUUUUUUUAAAAAACUAUAUUCCUACCUAAUUAUAUAAUAUAAUUUUAAGAAUAUUUUUUAAUAUGUCUGUGAUAUUAUGGAUUACUCUGGUCCUGAAAUAUCUAUUUAAAAUAGUGUCAACUUUGUUCAAAUAUAGAUACAAACUUGUUUUUUUUUCUUCUCAGUGUGGGUUAUUAUGUAGCUAUGUGCAGGUGCACCUAUUUUCUAACGAUCUCAGACAUUCAGGGAAAUGUUUUAGUCAAAGCUUGGCAACCUGCUACUGGUGUUAGCCUGGUAAAAAAGUAUUUACCGAAGGUUGUUUGACAUCCAGAUCAAGCCUAGAACCAAGUCCUUGAGACUGAAGAGUCUUUGUUAAGAGAUUCUAUUGGACUAGGUCUAAUCUGGUUGUGGGAGAUCUAAUCUAAGGCUGCAGAGUGUAGACAGAGCAGAAGCUGGACAGCUGCCUCUCCUUCCUCCAGUCAGUUUUAUAUGAUGUCCUAUAGUAUUACUGAGAAAACACACUUUAGGAAACCCACCUAGAAGCACACUUUCCGACUUUGAAAGUCAUUGUUCUUUUCUGCCAGGUUGCAAUACAAUACAAUACUGAUUGAUGUCAGUAGAAUAGAAGAGGGCAGAGCCCUGCAGUGGGUUCUAGACUAACCGACAGCCUGAUGCUAUCCCACUCGCCUGUCUCGUCAGAGCUACUGUUCUUAUUUUUUUUCUUCUUCUUGAUUAUACAUUUUUUUUGUCUGUACUGUACAAAGCUGCAAUUUACCUGAACCUCAAAUUUACACCACACGUUGCCAUAGCAUGUUUUAUUGGGAUUUGGAGAACAUUCUAUAAUUUGAUUUAAUCAAUAUACAGAUCUAUUCCAUGCAAUAUCUAGAUCAGUUCUAUAAUCAUAAUGUUUUUUGUCCUUAUUAACAACCAAAUGAGGACUUUAGCCCAGAUCUUUAUUAUGUAAUAUUGUAUCUCAGACCCCCGUGUUGGAUGAUUUACUUAAAGCACUAGGUCUACCAAGGCCGUGGCACUGGGAAGUGCACUCAGAGAGGAGGGGUCUCCAGGACAUCUUUCUGAGGUAAAUGUUUGGAUGCUGCAAGGCUCCAAGCGGCAGAAGCAGGCCUUUGUCGCCACUUGAAGACAAAACUUUCUCACCGGAAGGAAACCACCUGUAAUACUCCGGCACUGGAAAUAAACAUUUAUUGUCACCAAACAGUCAAUGUAAUUUAAUGGUAUUUGUAUUUUGCAGAAAAAACUCAAUAUACAGACUCUUGAAUUUUAAA